CCUGUGUUAACAGGAAUACCCUGACUAUUAUGAAGUGAUAAAGCGACCCAUUGACCUGGAACGGAUCUCACAGAAGUUGAAGUCGUCACAGUAUGAGAGCCUGGAUGACAUGGUGUCUGAUUUUGUGCUCAUGUUUGACAAUGCCUGCAAAUAUAAUGAGCCUGAUUCGCAAAUUUACAAGGAUGCUCUCAUGCUGCAGAGAGUUGCUCUUCAGACAAAGUUGCAGUUACGUGAGGAUGAAGAAGCUGUACCAGAUGUGACUGCAGCUGUCCAGGAGCUUCUUACAUCACUCUUCAUCUCAAUCUACAAUCACCAGGAUGAAGAGGGUCGCUGUUUCUCUGACUCCAUGGCCGAACUGCCAGAACACGAUGAAAUUGACGGUUCGAAGAUUCGAGCCCUGUCUUUGGAUCUCAUUAAGCGGCGACUUGAUCGUGGACUAUAUCGUCGGUUGGACACAUUUCAAGAAGAUAUAUUUGCCUGUCUGGAAAGAGCACGUCGUUUGUCUCGUACUGAUUCGCAAGUGUUUGAGGAUUCUAUUGAACUACAGUCAUUUUUCAUUAGACAGAGAGAUGAACUUUGUCGUGGAGGUGAUUUGCUACAUUCUCCUGCUCUGAGCUACACACUGUUGCAUUUGGCAGCUGCAGUGGAGGCAACUCGACAACAGAAACUACUGCAAGAACAGCCUGAGGAGGAAGGAGAAACACGCAGUUCUGAAGAUUCACUCAGGGAUGCAGGAGGUAAUACAUCUUCAGGUGACUCCAUGAGUUUCAAUCAGCAGGUUUACAGAAUUGGAGACUUUGUUUAUGCAGAGCCAAAGGAACGUGGAAUGGAUACCAGCAUUAUAAACAUUGAGAGAUUAUGGACCAACCAAGAAGGACAGCAGAUGAUGUAUGGGAACUACUUCUAUCGUCCCAAUGAGACGUAUCAUGUUACAACUCGAAGGUUCUUGGAGAAGGAAGUGUUUAAGAGUGAUGUACACACUGCCAUGCCACUGGAUCAAGUUCUAGGACUUUGUUGUGUUUUAAGUGUGAAAGACUAUUUCCGUUCCAAACCCGAGGGUUUCGCUGAAAAGGAUGUGUAUGUUUGCGAAUCACGAUAUUCCACAAAAGCACGUGCUUUCAAGAAGAUUAAGUCGUGGCCUUCCAAUAUGUCACAGCAUUUGACACUGAUUCCUAGAGAAGAGAUUCUUGAACCAAAGCGUGUCAUGUCAGUAUUCCGAGAACGUGUGGAAAAGCACAAGGAAGAGAUAGCAGAGCUGGAGGAAAGAGAGAAACUUGUAGAAAAGGAGAAACCAAAUGUAGAAGUGUUGAAUGGGCAGACUCCAGAUGGUUGUACAUAUUAUGAACAGUUCAAUGCUCCGUGCGGUGUAAUCCGCACGGGCGACUGUGUCUACGUACGCACUGACAUAGGGCGGCAGCUUAUUGCUCAAGUGGAUUCUAUAUGGACCGACAAACAGGGUAUGUGCUUCUUUCGAGGACCAUGGCUUGUUACACCCCCAGAGAUUCCUCAUGCUCCAACACGACUUUUCUACAAGCAGGAAGUGUUCCUCAGUACCCUGGAAGAUACAAAUACAAUAGACAGCUUAAUGGGAAAAUGUGCAGUUCUUGAACACGGCGAAUACAUCUCUUGUCGCCCGACAGAAAUCCUCGAGCAUGAUGUGUAUGUGUGUGAAUCAGUUUAUGAUGAAGCAAGGCGUCAAGUGAAGAAACUUCCUCGAGAGGGCUUGAAGAAGUAUAGUCACAGCAAUGCAGUCGCAGAGGAUGAAAUCUACUUCUUUCGCAGAUUGAUAAAUCCGCCGAAGGUGUGUAUUGGAAGUGAUUCUGCCCAAUCACAGCCUACUGAAGGACUUAAAACAUCACUGCAUUAUGAAAUGAAUUUGGUGGUAAGGCCUGCUACAGCCCAUGUUAUAUUCCAGGCCCCAUCACCACUGUUGCCCAGGAUGAAGCCUGACAUGCUGCAAAUGGAGGACUCGCUGGAUGGAGGGCCACCCUCUGUUGGCUCAGGGGAUACUGCCCCACCUGUUGCUGUUACUGGUUCUGCCUGUGUUAUAUUCCAGGCCCCAUCGCCACUGUUGCCAAAGAUGGAGCCUGACAUGCUGCAGUUGGAGGACUCGCUGGAUGGAGGGCCACCCUCUGUUGGUUCAGGGGAUACUGCUCCGCCCGUUGCUGUAACGACGCCCGUCUCUUCCAAGAAGAAAUCCUCUGGCAAGAAACUGGUGACAGGUUACAUUCUGUACUCCAGCGACGUGCGCCGAUCAGUUGCAGCCAAUCAUCCAGAAUCCAGCUUUGGAGAAAUCAGCCGUAUUGUUGGGAAUGAGUGGCGCAACCUACCAGCACAGGAGAAGCAGUGCUGGGAGGAGAGGGCAGCAAAGGUGAAUGAGGAAAGUGCAGCCAAAUUUGCACAAGAAGAAGCUGCAGCAUCAGCAAGCCCCAACCCAAUGACUCCCAUGUCAAUCAAACCUGCGAUGAAUCUCAGUAAUUGUUCCCAAGAACAGAUGAUUGAGAAUCUAGUGUUUGAAUGCUGUUGGGACAAUUGCGAUUGGCAGUUCGAGGACCUGACUGACUGCAUUGAUCACUGCAUCCAAGAACCCAAUGGUCAUGUACAUCAGCAUUUUGCAAACAUUCCUCCUCAAGACUGUGAAUUCCAGUGCCAGUGGCGAGGAUGUGGACGUAUCAAAAAGGCAGCACCGCCCUUUCCAAAUGCUCAGCGUCUUGCUCGUCAUGUGAAAGAAGUUCAUAUCCAGAAGGGCAAUGGUCGUUCGAUAGCGCCCUCAGAUCGCAGCAAGAACUUUGUGGCUUCACGUCGUCCACCUGUGCAUCCUACCAGACCCCUGGCUUGUGGUGCCAUCCCGCAGAGUCAUCUGCAGCAUGCUGCACUGGGCUCGACUGCAGGGCAGACCCUCUCAGCAUCCCACCAGGCUCACUCUCGUCAGACACCUUCACCUCUUUCACAUAUAUCAGGUUGUGGUGUGACACCAGGUGCAGUUCAGUCACGUCCAGUUGAACCGCUGUUUGUAAGUGUUCCACCUCGUCCACAGCGACUUCUACACUCCGAGGCUUAUAUUAAGUAUAUAGAAGGCCUGCAAGCUGACAGCAAACAUAUAUCACAAUGGGACAAACAUCUGAAAGCAACACAAGACACCACAAGUGUCCCUGACCCGUCUCGUUUGCCUGCUCAAUGGCUUGGAAACGGUGUGGGGCAUCAUGGAAAUAUUGUUAAUGCUUUGUGGACACUGCGUGACUUCAUGAUGCGAGAUGCACUUGGAAUCAACAGAGUUAUAUAAAAACCUGCAUUAACCAUUUGCUGUUACAUUAAAGUACCUUUGGAUGCUGAUGGACUGGUAGGUAAUGUAUUACUGUAAAUCCAUAAUUUUUACUUUACUUCCUCCUAGAGAACAAACACGUCUUACAAUACAGAUUCAUUGCACCAAUUCAGGAUAUUGAUGGAUGUAACAUUUAGAUAUAUAUAAUUUUGUUUUGUGUGACAGACUCAUUACUAAUUGCUUUGAAUAUCAAAUAUUAAAAUAAAGUCAUCAAUAAAGUUUACACUAUUUUGA